AUGAUGGAGAAGUUUGGAUUCAAUAAAGUUACGAAUCAUCCGACGUCGUCGUCGCAAUCCAAGAUCACGCACAAUAUUGCGAUUCCACAUCCACAUCCACAUCCACAUCUUCCGUAUAGUCAGCAUCCAAGACAAGCGGAGCUGAUGAGAAAGCAGUUGCUUGUUGGUAAUGCACCCGGGAACGACGUUGUUGUUGCAAACUGUGUUGCUGUCAAUCCGUCGGACUUUGCAAAUGUUCCAAAUAGAACUCCUGUGAUUUUGGAUGGCGUUAUUGUUUACUCGAUUGCCAAAGAUGAUCGGAUGAAACCAGGUUAUAUUGGUUUAGCGGCAAAUAUGAGAUCAUGGGGGAAAUACUCUUAUGAUCAAACAGUACAUGUGGAGACGUACGAUAUAUUUCUGUCGGGCCAGCAACAGCAGUACCUUGGAGCCGUAGAUUGCCUGAUUGACUUUGUCAAGGCAAAAGCCAAUUCGUCUCCGUUGAAUCACGAUGACUUGGUGAGCAUUUUCCAUCAAAAGUACGAUAAUCAAAUUUUACAACCAACACAGGUGAUUUACAUGGAAUACCAUGGCGUCUAUUAUUGUGUUAAAAUCGAACAGGUGCAAGUUAUCGACGUUAACACUAAAGACAAUUUACCAAGUUUUAAGGACUCAAAAGAUAUAAGCACUAAGGGAAUACUAAUGAAGUCUACAGAUGUUGUUUUUUACCCAUUCGAAGGAUCCAAAAUCACCAUUUCAAAAAAUAAAAGCUUAAAGUCAAAGAUUUUUGGUGGUUAUGGAAGCGAAACUCGCCAUCGCGCUAGAAAACAGAUUAUCAAUCCAGAUUUCAAAUUGGAGGACUUGGGAAUUGGUGGUUUAGAUGCAGAAUUUCAGGAUAUUUUUCGUCGUGCUUUCAACUCAAGAAUCUUACCACCUGAAAUUGCUGAAAGAUUGGACUACAAACAUUGUAAAGGUUUAUUGUUAUACGGACCUCCCGGUACAGGUAAAACAUUGAUUGCAAGGAAACUAUCCAAAAUGUUGAAUGGUAAAGAACCAAAGAUUGUUAAUGGUCCAGAAAUGUUAAGUAAGUAUGUUGGUGCAUCUGAGGAGAAUAUUCGUAACUUGUUCAAAGAUGCUGAGGCCGAGUACAAACAGAAAGGAGAAGAUUCCGAUUUGCAUGUCAUUAUAUUUGACGAAUUGGAUUCUGUGUUUAAGCAGAGAGGAUCUGGCAAAAGUGAUGGAACAGGAGUUGGAGAUAACGUGGUGAAUCAAUUGUUAUCUAAAAUGGAUGGUGUUGAUCAAUUGAACAAUAUCUUGGUUAUUGGUAUGACCAAUAGGCUUGACUUGAUUGACACAGCAUUAUUGAGACCUGGUCGUUUUGAGAUCCAGAUUGAGAUUGCUUUGCCUGAUGAAAAGGGAAGAAGAGAUAUUUUUGCGAUCCAUACAAAGAAGUUGACAGAAAAUGGAUUGUUGACCUCAGAUGUCAAUUUAGAUGAAUUGAGUAUAUUGACUAAGAAUUUCACUGGGGCAGAAAUUGAAGGUCUUUGUAACUCUGCAAAGUCUUAUGCUAUAUCUCGUCACACCAAGAAAGGCUCAUUAGCUCAAAUAGACCAAGAGUCGAUAGUCAAUAUGAAAAUCACUAGAAACGAUUUUCUUUUGGCCUUAACUGAUAUUCGUCCUGCUUUUGGUACUGAUGAAGAAGAUUUGACGCUGCAGGCAAAACAUGGUAUCAUCCAAUUUAACCAAACGAUUAGACACAUUUUCGAGAAGGGGCAAUCUAUAAUCGAUGUUGUUAGAUCUAGCGAGACAGAAACGUUAAGAAGUGUUUUAUUAUAUGGUCCUCCCGGUGUUGGUAAAACCGCCAUAGCAACAACUUUGGCUUUGAACAGUGAUUUCCCAUUCAUUAAGAUGUUAUCGGCAGAGACUUUAGUUGGUAUGGGAGAAGCAAAAAAGAUUCAAGAAAUUGAUAGUGUGUUUAGAGACGUUCACAAGUCUCCACUUAACGUAUUGGUUAUUGAUAAAAUUGAAACCAUUAUCAACUACAAUCCUAUUGGACCCAGAUUCUCAAAUGACAUUUUACAAGUCCUUGAUGUGUACUUGACUAAACAACCACCAAAGGGAAGAAGGUUAUUGAUCAUUGGGACUACGUCGCAAUUCUCGGUGCUUAAGCAUAUGAAUUUAACAGAUAGUUUCAAUGAUAUUAUUGCCGUACCUCCCGUGAAGAAUGUUGAAGAAGUCGGUAAAGUGUUGGACAGGAUAGGAUUCAUGCAACCAGAUGAUAGACAAGAGAUUUUGGAGCAGUUGUCAUCCUACGAAGUCAACAUUGGAGUAAAAAGCUUAAUUGACGUGCUCAUGGUAAGCAAGUACUCUAAAGACACAGUUGACGAAGUAGUCAAUAAUAUUAUUGAAAAAAUGAACGGUUAG